AACAAUUUUCAUAUUUGAACUGUUCGGAGAUACCUCACAUAAGAGUUUCCAUUUAUUUUGGCUCUGUGCUUCUGUUGUUGUUCUACACUGCCGUUGCCUUGUCAUCACGAUUUCUCUAACGUUAUCUUUCUGUUUUUAAUGGCUCAGAACUCACUCCACUUGUACAUUUUUAUGUAACUCUUUCUCCUUCUCCCUCUCCUUCUACCAUGAAAAGCCUCUUCCUUGUAUCGUUCCUUGCACCAAGUGCCCCAGUUGGAAGCAGACCCUUCUCUCAACAUUUAACCACCAAGUGCUUUGGCAAGCAACUUCACUUCCACUCUCGAUGUGUUCUUUUCUCUUCAUACACAUGUUCUGCAACGCUAUCUGUUGUGCCGGAACUACAAGAAAAGGAAACAUUUGAUGGAGAGAAGGCUUCUUUGCUUCUCAAAGAUCUCAGAAAGACCUUUAAUUCAGGGAAGACAAAGAGCUAUGAGUGGCGAAUUUCACAGUUGGAAGGCAUAGCCAAGAUGCUAGAAGAGAAGGAGAAGGAAAUUCUUGAUGCUCUUAAUAAAGACCUUUCUAAACCAGGAUUGGAAGGAUAUAUAUCUGAGGUUUCCCAGGCAAAAUCAUCAUGUAGUGAAGCACUUCAAGAACUGAAACACUGGAUGAAGCCGGAAAAGGUCAAAACUUCAUUCACCACAUUACCAUCAUCAGCAGAGAUUGUGUCAGAACCAUUGGGAGCUGUGUUGGUCAUCUCCACAUGGAACUUCCCUUUCUUGUUAUCAAUGGAUCCUGUCAUUGGAGCCAUAUCAGCGGGUAACACAGUGGUCUUGAAACCAUCAGAAAUUGCUCCGGCAACUUCAUCAGUACUUGCAAAUUUGAUUGAAGGUUAUCUAGAUAACUCUGCAAUAAGAGUAGUUGAAGGGGCUAUUCCUGAAACAACUGCACUCUUGGAACAGAAGUGGGAUAAGAUACUUUACACAGGUAGUGCUAGGGUCGGUCGCAUUGUCAUGGCUGCUGCUGCAAAGCACCUUACACCUGUGAUUCUGGAACUCGGUGGAAAGUGUCCAGCUGUUGUUGAUUCAGAUGUCAAUCUACAAGUUACUGCUAGGAGGAUAAUAGGUGGAAAGUGGGCAUGCAAUAGUGGACAAGCAUGCAUUUCUGUUGAUUAUAUCAUCACAAGAAAAGAAUUUGCUCCAAAACUGAUAAAUGCUUUGAAAGAAGAGUUGAAGCAAUUCUUUGGCGAAGAUCUGAUGGAAUCAAAAGACAUGUCUCGUAUUGUGUCCCCGACCCAGUUUUCCCGGCUGGUGAAGCUCUUGGAUGAAGAUAAAGUAUCUGACAAAAUUGUUUUUGGAGGUCAGAGGGAUGAGAUGAAACUAAAGAUUGCACCAACUAUCUUAUUGGAUGUUCCAGAUGAUGCAAUGGUGAUGCAAGAGGAGAUAUUUGGGCCAAUAAUGCCAAUCAUCACUGUAGAAAACAUAGUAGAUAGCUUUGGCAUAAUCAAAUCUAAGCCAAAACCUCUUGCUGCUUAUCUCUUUACAAACAAUGAGCAGUUAAAGAAGGCAUAUGUAGAAAAUAUAUCUUCUGGAGGGAUGCUCAUCAAUGACACUGUCAUACAUGUUGCGACUCGUGGUUUGCCUUUUGGAGGAGUUGAAGAAAGUGGAAUGGGAUGUUACCACGGGAAGUUCUCUUUUGAUAGUUUCAGCCAUAAGAAGUCUGUCCUCUAUAGAAGUUUUGAUGCAGAUUCAUCCUUAAGGUUCCCUCCAUAUACACCCGAGAAGGAAAAAUUGUUGAAGGCCAUUUUCAGUGGCAACAUUAUUCGCAUAAUUCUUACUUUGCUUGGAUGGUCUUGAAU